UUGGCCAUGGAAUCACAUCAUUUUCGUACCAUGCCGAACUCAAACCGUCAGACUAAAAGAUCAAAAUUUACAAGAGGAGAAAAAUGUCUGUUUGCUCAUUUAAUAAUAACUUUUGUGGGGAUCAUGUUGAUGGCACUUAUAUAUUUAAUACAUUUGUGUGUAGUGAAACACACGCGAAACGAGAUGUUGUCAAUGUAUUACAGACGAGCAGACACGCGUUUGUCAACUUUGGAGGUGACUCAUUUUGAAUCAAUCGGGGUGGUCUAUCUGAACAUGACUCCGCCGCCAGUCCGCGUGGUGUGUAAUACUCUGCUGCUUGCGAAGCGCUGGUCCUUGGCCCCGGCGCAGUGCACCUCUAUGCGCGAUCACCCUGAAAUGUCCGAUUACUUACCUAAAUGGAGAAUCAAAUACAAACUUUUUGGAAAAUUUACGCAAAGUGGUAUCAAGCGAACUUUAACUCACUCACGAUUCAAUAGAGGCGACUUUCAUAAUAAUAUUGGAUUAUUUGAGCAUUCCAACCAGAUUAUCAACGACGAGUACUAUGUUGCCCCGAGAAAUAUUGUAAUAGACCAGCAAUUGUUACAAAAAUACGCAAAAGAAAUGUUUAUCGUGAAUUGGCAAAUUGCAUUUUCUAAUCAAGGUGAUAUUUCUCAUGCUAUGGUCAUCAGAGUGCGACCAGUCAGUUCAGAAAAUUGUUAUUCGUACGCUUCGCCUAUUGUCGAACAAAUGAGAGAUUAUGAAUUCUGUGUUAAUUUCUAUCGGACCGGACCAACUGCGGGGACGUUUGUGUUUAAAGAAAAAACUUGGUUACAUACAGGAUAUAAAAAAUUAUGCAACUACCUACCUAAGAUGGGUACUUUAAUUACGAUCAAGUUCAAGGUGUAAAGCUGCUUCUGAACUGCCUGUAGAAGAGAAAAACUUUAUCAAAGAAAGUCUCUCCCGAAAACAAAGUUUGGAUAGUCACAAAGAAAUUUUGAUCAGUUCAUUAUAAUUUAGUAGUUAAGAGAACUUACGUAAUUUCUGUCAAUCAC